AUGGGUGGCGGCUCUCGCAGUGGCCCUCUCAGGCGCGGUGGUAGCUCCCAGGGCCCUCCCAGAGGCUGUGGUACUUCCAAGGGCCUUCCCAUGGGCGGUGGUGCUCAAGGCCCUCCCAAGGGCGAUAGUGCCCCCAGAAGCCUUCCCAGGGCGGCAUCGGUCCCAGAGGCCUCCCAAGGGCUGCGGAGCCUCUGGGGGCCCUUCCAGAUGCGAAAGCACCACUGGGGCCCUUACGGGGUUGGAGGCGCCCCUAGGGGCUCUUCUAAGUGCGACAGCACGAGGCCUCAGGGGCAGCCCAGGGGCCCUCCAGGGAGCAAGGCUCCCAGAGUCUCUUCAGGGCGGCAAGCCCGCUAG